GACCCCUCCGAAACACGGAAGAUGAGUGUCACAGGCCAUGUAGCCCAAUCCGAAUCGACGGAUCUACCGGACUUGCUCCGCGUUGCACACAUCCAAAGUCUGAAGGCUGGUGUUAGUUGAUGCUUCGUCGUAUUCCGAAUCCAGUGUCACGCCCACAACGGCUCUGGAAAUGAGGGCUCACACAUUUCUUCUAUUCACUAAGUUUCACUACCCGGAAAUUUCUCCAUUGUUCUUGCGUGGAGGAAAGGGUUGGACGGGACUCGCUGCGGCACUGCGGCCCGCCUGCAGCGUGGUCAGCGAGAGAAGUAGUGUCCUCCAUCACUGGGCCGCAGGAACCCGACCUUUUUCCGGGCCCGCGUGAUCCAGACCCCGGAACCCAGUCGGCGGCGGACCCCGAUGCUGUCGCUUUGGGAACAUGCUCCAACUGGUUUGCACGACGAACACGCGACACCGACUACGACAUUGUACUCUGCAGUCGUUUUCUCCACGCCAUGGAAGAUGAAUUGUUCGAAGAUCAGUAUGGGCAGGGCGGCGAUGAUCCUUUACCCCCGCCACCCCCUGCUUUUUCAUCAAUACCCGACGACCUGUACUCUCAAUUCCUCUCACCCUUUGAUACCCCCAGUUUACUUUGGUCUCAGUCGUUUCCUAUCGCUCUCGACAAUCAUCCAAGAGGCUUUAUGCGUGCCGACGAAAUCUUCACAGAGAAUGGCGGGCCGAUCCCGCUCCCGCCGAGGUUUGCCCAGAUCAAGCGGAGCCUCGUCGCGGGCAAGGAGUACGCCAUAGUCCAGUCGUGGGAACGUCUAUUAGUUGCCCUCCGCGCUGAGAUUGCGGUCAUCGGCGUCACCAAGUCCGACAUCAUCCCCACUAUUGACUUCUCGGAGCUCCAGGACCACUCCCGUGUGUCCGAGUUCACCGCCAAGCUCCGACGCCGAGGUGGUGCCAUCAUCCGCAACGUUGUGCCAGCCUCGGAAGCCCAUUCUUGGCGAGAGGAGACGGAGACGUACCUCUCGGAAAACCCGCACACCAAAGGCUGGCCGACGCGCGAUCCUCACCUCUUUGGCAUUUACUGGUCCCCGGCGCAGAUCAAGGGCCGUGCUCAUCCAAACGUCCUCGCCGCUCAGCGAUUUUUGAUGGGUCUCUGGCGGUCCCGGGGCCCCAACGUGCCCGUGGUGGUGGAUCACCCCGUGUCAUAUGCCGACCGUCUGAGGAUACGGACCCCGGGAGACGAGGCCUGGCAUCUGAACGCCCACGUCGAUGGCGGCAGCGUCGAGCGUUGGGAAAGCGAUGGCUAUGGUAACGCUGGAACAUACCAGCGGAUCUGGGACGGACGGUGGGAGGACUACGACCCCUGGGACAGCAGCACCCGCCUCAAGGUCACCUCGGAUCUCUACAACGGCGCGGGCUCAUGCAGUAUGUUUCGCAUGUUUCAAGGCUGGCUCUCCAUGUCCGAUAUCAAUCCAGCCGACGGCACUCUUCUGCUCUGCCCCAUGCUCCAGCUCGCCACGGCUUAUUUUCUGCUCCGCCCCUUUUUCUCCCCACGCAACCCCUCGCCGACCUCCCCGAACUUCCUCGCACGUGAGAACUGGUCGUUGGACUUCGCCCAGACGAGCAUCAUCCAAGGCGCCGUCCCGUCGUACACCCAGGAACUCAACUCGACGCUCCACCCACAUCUGCAGCUUGACAAAUCCCUCGUGCGCAUCCCCCCCGUUCGGCCCGGCGACUACGUUGUUUGGCACCCGGACAUGGUGUACGGCGUCGACAGAGUACCUGCCUCGUCAACGCCCGCGACGAUAAUGUACAUACCGGCCUGCCCCUUGACACAGACCAACGCGCUUUAUCUCGCCCGCCAGCGGAAGGCUUUCCUUCUUGGCCAGCCGAGUCCGGAUUUCGGAGGCGGGAAGGGCGAGACGACGCAUAUGGGCCGGCCUGGAGUGCAGGAGGUCAGCGAUGCGGGUGGAGAGGACGGGCUUAGGUCUAUGGGGUUGCUGCCAUGGGAGGACACAGAGGGGAAAAGUCCGACGCAGAAGGCUAUGGUGGGCAUGGCGAAUGCGAUUUUGUUUCCUGAGAGCUAUGACAUGGUUUGAUGGAUGCGAAGAGAGAAAGAAGGGAGAGAGACUGCGAGGCGUUUGGGUCGAUAUCACUAUGUUUCAAAUCGAGGCCUGGUGUUUUCUAGGCGUGGGUGGAUGAGGAAAAACUGGCGGAAUAUAUAAAAAGUGGCAAAGAUUUUGGCCAGGCCGCUAAUUCACUCAUAAUCCUUGACGACGUUCCGGAGGUCCGUAUUGGAUUAACCCGAUCGCCUUGAUUGAGUGAUUAAGACGGCAUUGUGUUGACAAAAAGUCCAGCCAUAGCAAAAUUCUUUUUACUCGACAACAACGUGCGUGAGCUGAUGAUCUUCGGGGUCUGAUGUAAGGAGUUACGACCACUUGCUUCCUGGGCAAUGACUCUAGAAAAGAUCAAAAAUUGGACGGUCUUCAAGCAUUGCAGUAGCUUACUUCU